AUGAGGGGACCCUGUGGCGACUAUCGUGCCCUCAACAGCGCUACCAUUCCUGAUCGGUACCCUGUGCCUCAUCUUCAAGACUUUGCUGGAGCCCUUUUCUGUAAGGCGGUUUUCUCAAAGAUUGCUCUGGUGCGUGCUUUUCAUCAGAUUCCAGUCGCCCCUGAGGACAUCCCUAAAACCGCCGUCACCGCACCCUUCGGUCUCUUUGAGUUCAUCCGCAUGUCGUUUGGUCUACGUAAUGCCGCCCAAACGUUGCAGACGUUCAUCGACCAUGUCUUACGUGGCCCACCCUGUGCGUACGCCUACAUUGAUGACCUCUUGGUGGCCAGCCGGAAUGAGGAAGAGCAUAAAGAGCAUCUUGCCUUGGUGUUCGACCGCCUUGACAAGUUUGGCGUUGUCAUCAACCUGUAA